AUGUCGCAGUCGCAGACGAGCGUCGCCACGGACUCGUCGCGGCCGGCGAAGAAGCUCAAGGCGACGAUCAGCAAGAACGACGGCGGCGACGCCAAGGCGCCCGCGCUGCCCCUGCCCAAGCCCGCGCGGGACCGCGCGUCGUCGCUGAGCGCGCCGCCGCUUCCCCUGGAGCAGAAGAAGACGACGGAGUGCGCCUGCGCUUUGAAGCGGCGGCUCGGCGACGACGAGGCGCGCGUCUGCAAGAUCGCCGGCGCGGUCUCGACGAUCCUCGACGCGCUCGGCGAGGACACGGGCCGCGAGGGCCUCCAGGACACGCCGCGGCGCAUGGCCAAGCUGUUGGUGGACUGCACGUCGGGCUACGCGAAGCGCCUCGAGGACGUGCUCAACGGCGCGGUCUUCGCCGAGGACUACAGCCAGAUGGUCCUCGUCAAGGACAUCCAGCUCUACUCGCUCUGCGAGCACCACGUCGUGCCCUUCUUCGGCAAGUGCCACAUCGCCUACAUCCCCAACGGCAAGGUCCUGGGCCUGUCCAAGCUCGCGCGCAUCGCCCACAUGUUCGCGAAGCGCCUGCAGGUGCAGGAGCGGCUCACGACGCAGAUCGCCGAGGCCGUCGCCGAGGCCUGCGGGCCCUGCGGCGUCGGCGUCGUCGUCGAGGCGACGCACAUGUGCAUGUGCAUGCGCGGCGUCCAGGCCACGGGCUCGUCGACCGUGACGUCCGCGCUCCUCGGCAGCUUCAAGUCCGACCCCCGGACGCGCGCGGAGUUCUUCGCGUCCGUCGGCCGCCCGCAGCACCUGUGA